AAUUCUCCAGCUAAUUGAAAGAUACAAAGUUCGUUCUUUAAGGGCAGCUUUCUUCUUCCCACUUACUUUCCACCACGAAUUUGUACCUCAACCCAAACAGUAACGGAAAAUGGCAUACAGAACACCACCCUUCUGUUGCUCCCACAUCCUCGCCCAGCCCCCCUUCCACACACAAGAACACUACCCCCGCUCCUACGCCUGCCUUCUCGAUUUUCUCGCCCUGGCCAUCUCCCUCCCAGCUGGUCAGCUACCACCUACAACCCCUAUAAAGCCAUUGACAGAACACGACUUCGUGAUCCGUCUGUGCAAAGGGCAGACCGCUCCCAUGCUCGGACCGAAUCAAUGGGGGGCUGCGCGAUACUUCCUCCCUGACCCACCCGUCCCAGGCGGUCUGGUAGAAGUACUCCAUGUUGAGAACGGAAGCCGAGGAAACAAUUUAGAUUGCCUCAGAUGGUUUCUGAACGAAGGAGGUGGAAAGUUCGGCGGCUUUAUGUACUUGGAAGAUGUAUGGAUGACUGUUCUUUGUCCUGUUCAUAAAGAUUCUGUUUGGUUUCUUCAGUUUUGGGUCAAGGGGCCGAAGGAUAAUGAGGAACUCGGGGAGGUGAGCAAGAGGGUUACGGAUAGGAGGAAUCAAGAACCUGGAUUUGUCGAGGAUUCGUUUUCGAGCAAGUUUUAUGAUGUGAUGGGGAUUCCGAGUCGGCCGCAGCAGCCAAACACAAGACCAAUUCGGGACGAGGACGAACCGAAACCGUCUGUUUUUGGAGGUGUGGGAGAUGGCGGCAUCGACAGAUGGUGUAACCAGGAGGAGGAGGAAAUAACUCGGCUCCAGGACCAUUGUCGCGGUGAGUUGGGCUUUCCACCAAACUUGCCAGUGGGAUAUCAACAAUCGCGGAGCAUUCCUCCAGGGGUCCCUCCAAAAUUUCUUCGACAACAGAGACUGUUUGGACAUGCAACACCAGACGCUCCCGCUUUUCUUUGUACCCCCUGGGCUGAUAGUAGGCCAGCUCAGUAUGGGCGUGGAGAAUUUUGGCUGCCACAUAACAGAGCUGGACCUCAGCAAUUGAUCCCGAAUCGCCAGCUAGGCGGGAUCGAGGAGGCAGGAGAUGGAACGAUGGGUGGCAAUCAGACUCAACCAACACGACCACCACUUCAAGGCACCGAACUGCAGCAGCGGGAUCUCGCUCUUCGAGAACCACAGACUCCUCAGACAUUUGAUUUACGUCUCCCACCUGGUUUAGGUUUUGGAGACCUUCAUCGACCAACAAGCGCAGCUCCUGCGACAGAUGAUCUCAAUCCUUGGCAGACACCAGAGCUCCACUCCCCACAACCAGCUCGGCACUUCAAAGGAGCAACAGAAAUGUGGCAGAGUCCCAAACCUCGUCCAGAACCGUUGGCUCGGCCCUUAGGCUUCCAUGAACAAGAUGAGCAAGGAUACGGAGGAGAACCACAUGGAGUCUAUCGACCCGACCAACCCUUACCACCAGCCCUUCCAUACCCGCAAGCUCAUGUCCCUCAAUCAACGACCAAAGAUGGCGGAGGCUGGGAGGACAUCACCGAUCAAGGCCCUCUUUCUUUCAGCAUGCUGGGUCGCGCACAACUAUCUCGCAACGAGUAUUCUUCUCCCGAACCCCAUUCUGUUACGAAGUCAGAGCGACUUGGUAAGACUGGUGCAAUUGAAGUCGACUCAAUCCUCGAGAAUUCGACCCAGACGCCCCGUCCACAACCUCCGGUGAGUGGAGGUGGAGGUGCUUCUGCUCCUAUGAGAGAUACCAGUGUAGCUGGUGCGUCGGCAUAUGCUCCUCCAGCUGGCAACACGAGUGGCUUACGGCCUAUUCAGCGGCGGACAUGGGAUGCUGGGACUAAGCAGUGGCGCUCAUAUUGGAUCUGGGGUUUGUAGUGGGGAGGUCGUACGUGUCUGAAUGGAGGGCGACGAGGAUAUUGUGGGAGAGAAUGCCUUCGUCUAGCUUGUUAGCGGUUUUGGAUGUCUUCAAAUCGGCAGAUAGUGAGGGAAGAAAAGAUAAGACUGCCCAAAUACUUUAACCCCUGUGACUUGGUAAUGAAGAGACUUUCUCUUGCACAAAGAUUUGACGGUUGUGCGCCUUGAUCAAGUCUUACACCACCUCAACCUUUUUCUAACCCAGCCUCCCUGAA